GUUAGUACAAAUAUUUUCCAGUCUUGGCAUUGUACUGACUUUCUCUGCUGGUCCGUUUUUAUCUUAUAAGACAUUUAAUAUAAUGUUCGCAGUUAUAAUUGUAGCGACUGGAAUUCCAAUAUUAUUUUUACCGGAAAGUCCAUAUUUUUUGUAUAAUAAAGGACAAGAAAAAGAUGCAAUAAAGGUUCUUAAAUUCCUCCAUGGAUCAGAGCAACUGGCUUUGCAAGAAAUCGCAGAGUACACACUAUCAUCGAAACAGGAGAAAGUUAACAAAAUUGCGAUACUUAAGAACCCAACAGUUCGUAAAAGCUUAUUAAUCUCGGUGAUAUUUUCAAUUGGUUGUCAAAUGGUCGGUUACAAUGCUGUGUCGUAUUAUUUACAAACAAUAUUAAUAUCUACACAUACGUCGAUAAUGCCAGAAAUAGCGUCAGUUAUUAUAGGUGUUAUCCAGUUCGUAUCAAGUUUCCUGACAAUGUACACGACGGAUAGAUUUGGUAGGAAGAUUAUAAUGAUCACUUCGCUCAUCGGGAUGACUAUUGGAUUGAUUGGAUUGGGAACAUUUUUUAAAUUGAAACCACAUGACAACGAACCAGUUCACGGUUUCUUGAACAAUCUUCCAUUAAUUUCACUAGUAAUAGUCGUUUAUUGCUAUAAUGCAGGAGUUGGAUCCUUGGUAUGGGUAACAGUAACGGAGCUAUUCGACGGUCCAGCUCGAGCAUUCGGUGUGGCUGUUAACUUAGGAGUUAAUACAACGUUUAUAUUUCUUACAACCAAAUAUUUUCCAAUGCUGAUAAAUGAAGUUGGUCCUGCCACUACAUACUGGUCUUUCGCAGUAAUACCAAUAUUAAUGUGUCUAUUUAUUAUCUUCUUUUUACCCGAAACUAAGGGUAAAUCAUUUGGGGAGAUACAGGAAGAUAUUGCCAAGAAGAAGACCAAAGAAGAAAUAGAAUAGACGUUUUGAUUAUGUAGCGAAUAAGUUCUAUUUAAAAAUGUACUGUAUUUAUUGUUAUUUUUGUAUACAUUGUCGCUAGAUGGCUCUGCAACACAACAAUAAACAUGCUAUCAAAGUGUUAGCUCUUGUAAUUGUAGAGAUAAAAAUCUGCCUAACUUUAAUUGGAAGUUUUGGAGUACUAGCAGUUUGUUUUUGUGUGAGAAUCAACAGACAUGUUUUAUUUCAAGAAUAAAUACUUUUGUAGUACUUAUUCGAAUCAAUUUGCAAUACUUUCAAGCAUUAACAAAAGCAAAAACAGUCAUCAAGAAUAACGGAACACUGAAAACAGUAUCCCGUGAAAUAGCAAACGUUAAGUGCAAAGUUCACAUAAUGCCUGUACUAAAGAGCAGGCCCAUUAUCGUUGGGAAUAAAAACCAAGUAGGCAACGAGCUUUCUUAUCACGCCUGUAUCACAUGUAGGGUCGUUAGCCGCCAUAAAACCUCCUUGAUUAACU